UCUGGUAAACAUCUAAAUAUUGAUUUGUGGCAACAAUUUAUCAGCACUUGUGGUGACAUGACAUCAGUGCUUCUUUUCACCACUCAAUCUAACCAUCAGUUUGUCGUCUCGAUGUAAAUACUAUUCAAUUAUUGAAAAAACUAUUUUCUUUUAAUAAAAGAAAAAACAAAAGUGAUAUUAUAGUACAGUAUUACCGAUUGAAACCUCUCUCAACAGUAUUUAAUAAAAUGCUUAUCUUUAUCAUACAACUCAUUGUUCAUCAAUUUAUCACUUGUGUAACACCAUUGCCUCCAAUCAUAAGAAUAGGAGGACUGUUUGGUGCCAAUGAUACGGAACAGGAGUUGGCCUUUCAUUUAGCCAUCGAUCGCAUAAACUCUGAUCGAAAUAUACUCCAGAGUUCAACACUAGUGCCCGAAAUACAGCGAAUCACUGAUGGAGACAGCUUUCACACCAAUAAAAAAGUAUGUUCACUGUUGGCCAACGGCGCGAUUGCACUGUUCGGUCCAUUAGGCGGUCAAACAGCACUUCACGUGCAGUCAAUCUGUGAUGCAUUGGAAAUACCACACAUCGAGUGCCACUCCAAUAGCAGGGAUAUGAUGUCCGAUCAUAUCUCCAUUAAUCUCUAUCCUAAGCCAUCAUCUCUAUCACGAGCUUAUGUAGACUUAGUCAAGGCUUGGGGUUGGAAAGUAUUUGCCAUCGUUUACGAGGAUAACCACGGUAUUGUCCGAAUCCAAGACUUUCUGAAGGAAGCGCAACAAUACGAUUGGACGAUAAAACUCUACCAAUUUUCCGACAGACCCUAUAGAGACAUAUUCUGGGAAAUUAAAAUGACUAAAGUAUUUCAUGUAAUUAUUGACGUCAAUCGACUAAAUAUAUUCACUGUUUUAAAACAUGCACAGCAGGUCGGGAUGAUGACUGAGUUUCAAAGCUAUCUCAUCACAUCAUUGGACUUACAGACAAUAAAUUUAGAAGAUUUCAAAUUUGCCAAAACAAAGAUUACAUCAUUUCGUUUGGUAGACUCAACAAACCCUGAGCUGUACAGUCUAAUGACCGAUUGGACACAACUGGCCUCAAAACGAGGGCUCAACAAUGCCAGUAAACCAACUAAUUUAUUGACAGAAUCGGCACUACUUUACGAUUCAGUGAAACUGUUGGCUACAGCACUACAAGACUUAGAUCAAAGCCAAUCAAUAACAAUGCCAUCAAUCAGUUGCCAGAGUGACAAUCAAUGGCAAUUCGGUACAUCUCUCAUGAAUUACAUGCGACCCAUCACAUUUAGAGGUCUCACAGGACUCGUAGACUUUGAUCAGUUUGGCCACAGAAGUAGCUUUACUUUGGAUGUAAUGACUAUUAGUGACGACGGACUUCAAAAGAUCGGGUAUUGGAGCGGAAGUCAGACUUUACAGCCAUUGAACAUCAGUGACGAGUGGAGAGACAACUUCUCGUACAUGUCUUUGGCAAACCAGACAUUGAUUGUCACAACUAUUAUAAACCCUCCCUAUUGUAUGCUCCGGGAGUCGUCCAAAACCAAGUAUGGAAACGAUCGCUUUGAGGGUUAUAUUGUCGACUUAAUCGACGAGUUGUCCAAACUGUUGGGAUUUAAGUAUAAAUUUAAAACAGUUGACGAUAACAAAUAUGGUGCCAAAAAUGAAACGGGAUUUUGGAACGGACUUAUCGGUGAAGUACUGAAUGGAAAGGCAGAUAUAGCAGUGGUAGACCUGACAAUAACAUCUAAAAGAGCCGAAGCCGUGGACUUUACAUUGCCGUUCAUGAAUACGGGGAUCAGUAUAUUGUUUAAGAAGCCGACCACCAAAGUGACCACUUUGUUCUCGUUUUUGUCUCCUUUUUCAAACAUCGUUUGGGUCUAUGUAUUGGCCGCUUAUGUAGGCGUCAGUUCAGUGCUCUUCAUAGUUGGUCGACUAUCACCCUAUGAAUGGGAUAAUCCUCAUCCGUGUCGUAACGAAGAUUUUGUAUUAGAAAACAAUUUCAGUCUAACAAAUAGUUUUUUCUUCACUAUUGGUUCACUGAUGCAACAGGGAUCAGAUCUAACGCCCAAGGCAAUGUCUACCCGAGCCAUAGCCGCUAUUUGGUAUUUCUUUACAUUGAUAAUGAUAUCGUCAUAUACAGCAAAUUUGGCCGCAUUUUUGACGGUUGAAAAAGUGAUUUCUCCCAUCGAAAGUGCCGCAGACUUAGCUUCACAGUCGUCUAUAGAGUACGGCUGUCUGGCCAGUGGCUCCACCCGAGCCUUCUUCCAAGAGUCCAAUAUAUCUACAUUUAAAAAGAUGUGGGAAUUUAUGAAAAAUCGGGACGUAUUUGUUGACAGUAAUGAUAUCGGCAAACAAAGAGUCGAAAAAGGCAAUUAUGCUUAUUUGAUGGAAUCGGCGUCUAUUGAAUAUUCAGUUGAGAGGGACUGUAAUCUGACCCAAGUUGGAGGUCUACUCGACACUAAAGGUUACGGAAUCGCCACAAGAAAGAACUCCAAAUAUAGGGGUCUGUUAUCUCAAUCGAUACUUAAGCUUCAAGAGACGGGACGACUGUUAAUGUUGAAAGAAAAGUGGUGGAAACAGAAGAAAGGCGGCGGAAAGUGUACCGACGAUAACAAAAAGUCAUCGUCAGUGACGGCACUCAAGAUCGACAAUGUCGGCGGUGUUUUCGUCGUACUUCUCGGAGGACUUUCGUUGGCCUUCUUUGUGGCCAUUUGUGAGUUUAUGUGGAGAUCCAGAAAGUCAACCGCCGGAUGCGAAACGAUGUGUGAAGAGAUGAUAAAUGAUCUCAAGUUUUCAUUUGCCUGUCAGUCAAAGUCAAAACCGGGAAAACGGAAGUCAUAUGAAGACAAUGUCAACAAUAGCUCUUAUAAUACGUUAUCACAACCGCAAGUCAUUAGAGGACAGUUUACUAAUAAACUUGAUUAUUAA